AAAGAGUGUAGUGCGCUUUGCCAGCCAGAUAUCUGUUGUUUAAGUUAGUGCUCUCGAAUGUUAUGUCAUCACGUCAUGUCUCAUUUUUCAUAGAUUUCAUUUAGAUCUAACUCCAUUGCUGAAUGCGGUUAUGUUAUGUUAUGUUAUGAAUGCGAUCUAAGGCACAAUAAGAAGUUAUGACAAGGAGACAAGCAGGUUCCACGAGACGUGGUGGUGGGAUCUUUCCCCUUUCAGGAGUCUUCAAUUCCAAUUCCAAAUCCAAUUCUUCUCUAUUAUCCAUAUCCCUUGUCCUCUUGGGGGCUUUGGUUCUCAUCAUUUUUGCUUUUAGUGGCUCAGGUCUAUUCGGAGGAAAAAAGGGUGUGGUUAGCAGGCUUGAAGGUGAUUUUUCAUGCACUUCUGAAGUUCCAAGUGCAAUUCCUGUUUUGAAGGAUGCAUAUGGUGGCAACUUGAAAAAUAUUUUGCACGUAGGCCCUGAGAGUUGUUCAGUGGUCUCCAUAUUGUUAAGAGAAGGGGAAACUGAAGCAUGGGGUGUGGAGCCAUAUGACAUAGAAGAUGCUGAUAGGAACUGCAAGUCUCUAGUGCAGAAAGGCAUUGUACGUGUUGCAGAUAUAAAAUUCCCAUUACCAUACAGGCCAAAGUCUUUUUCUCGUGUUAUAGUGUCAGAUACUUUGGAUUACCUAUCUCCUAAAUAUUUGAACAAAACUCUUCCUGAGCUUGCAAGGGUAUCUGCUGAUGGUAUUAUCAUUUUCACAGGUUACCCAGGUCAACGGAGAGCUAAAAUAGCACAAUUAUCCAAAUUUGGCCGCCCGGCUAAAAUGCGGAGUCAAUCUUGGUGGAAACAAUUUUUCACUGAUACAAGCUUAGAAGAAAAUGAAGCUGCCAUCAAGAAGUUUGAGCAAGCUGCCUCAAAGAUGUCAUACAAGCCAGCUUGCCAAAUUUUCCACCUCAGUUCAUACCAUUGAUAAUUGGAUAUAUUGAAAUUAGAUUAAUUGAUUAUUCACCAUAUUCAGCAUUUUGUAUUUUUUGUAAUCCUAUAAAAUAUAAACAUGUGAGUAUAUGUCAUCAAUCAGGCAAUUUUGUUUUACCAGAUAUGGACAAGCUUUACAAUAUGUCUGCUUACUAAAAGAAUACACAAAAUUAUAAGUAAUUUAGAUGAAUAUUCUUGGAGCUUAAA